UGAUUAUCUCUUCAAGCUUCUCUUGAUCGGUGAUUCAGGGGUCGGUAAAUCUUGUCUGUUGCUUCGUUUUGCUGACGAUACAUAUACAGAAAGUUAUAUCAGUACUAUUGGAGUCGAUUUUAAAAUUCGUACUAUCGAGCUUGAGGGCAAAACUGUUAAAUUACAAAUCUGGGAUACUGCAGGACAAGAACGGUUCCGAACAAUCACUUCCUCGUACUAUCGUGGUGCUCAUGGAAUCAUUGUUGUUUAUGAUGUCACUGAUCAAGAUACUUUUCAUAAUGUGAAACAAUGGCUUCAGGAAAUCGAUCGUUAUGCUUGUGAAGGAGUUAACAAAUUAUUGGUAGGAAAUAAAAGCGAUUUGCAAAAUAAGAAAGUUGUGGAAUAUACAGUUGCCAAGGAAUUUGCUGAUCAUUUGAGUAUUCCGUUCUUGGAAACAUCUGCCAAGAAUGCUACGAAUGUUGAACAAGCUUUCUUGACAAUGGCUAAACAAAUUAAAGACAG